UUGACUUUGUAAGGUGAUGGUCUAGCAACUGGAAAAUCCUCUACUCUCCAUUUAAAAAAAAAAAUGAAAGAUGAAAUUGCUGCCACAGUUGUCUUCAUCACAAGGUUGGUGAAAAAACAAGACAAACUGAGCAAGCAUACAACUGAGAAAUUUGCUGCUAAGUUGACGACAAUCCUGUUUGAAAAGUACAAGAACCACUGGUACCUAGACAACCCAUCUAAAGGACAAGCCUUCAGGUGUAUAAGGAUAAACCAACACCAGUCGAGAGAUCCCGUCCUGGAACAGGCUUGUGCUGAGAGCAAUGUGGACUUUGAGAAGCUCUGCUUGCCACCAGAAAUGACCAUAUGGGUUGAUCCAUUUGAUGUGUGCUGCAGGUAUGGUGAGAAAAAUCUGCCUUUCACAAUUGCUCACUUUGAAGGAGAGGAGGACCGAGAACUCUCCCAGCGCAUCAGCCAGGCUGUUGAUCGAGCAACACCAGAAUAUCCUUCUGGUGCCUCCUCGGAUGAGGAGGGCUAUCGCAAAGAGCCCAAAGCCAUCCCUACAGUCAGCAAUCCAAACAGUGUCUACCAGUUCAGUGACUACUGCAAGCUACCCACGCAGUCAUGGUCCCAGUAUCUCCGUAGGAAGACCUACAUGACCGACAGCCUUCAUCUGGCAAGUGCUUGCUUCCCCCAACACAAGGGCUACAAAGUCUACAAGCCAAUGGCUGCCUUUGCUGGACCACGUGUGGAUCGGUAUCACUGGGUCAACACCAAGCGAUAAGGCAAUUGCUGCAACGCUCGUGGGCCACAAUGACAGACUGGGCAGUGUAUGGGAGGAAGCCUGCCUCGAUGAAACCUGCAUGAGCUGAAAAGCACUCGGCUUUCUUUAUCUUCUCCUGUCUCUC